ACUCCGGUGCUCUGAUCAGUCGCGCACACGCAAGCGUAGUGAGUGCGCCAACGGUGAGUGGGUGCAGUGGUGGUGUCGAUGGCGACAUGGCCGCGCACAGGAGCGUCUGCCUCGUUGGAGCAGCGAGCAGGCUUGCGCGCAGCUUUCAGGCAGGCAGGCUCGCAAGGCUCGCAGGCUCCCCAAAAUUGCCCUACCUGAUGCGCGCGCCCCGGUCACGUGCCCUCUGGCCUCGUUCUACUCUUUCCUCCUCUGCUUCUGCUCUGCUCUGCUCUGCGGCCCUCUCUCCCACCUGCACUUGCCAUUCGUCGCACCGCGAUAACCACCUCUCUUUCACCCUCACCACCUCCCUCCCUCCCUCUCUCUUCCCUUCACCUCCCACUACCCUUGGCCGCACUGAGGCCCAGCUCAUUCUUCCACCCUUCCACCAGCAGCCUUUCGACUCGCAUACCGCAUCUACGACACCACGUCCCCCGAAAGCACGUUGUCCUGGAGAGCCGCCGGAUUGCGAGCGCCGCUUCACGACUCGAACAGCGUCCUGCCCAUGACCCACUGGUACGCAUCGCAGCACGAACAACAGCAGUACCACCAGAGCCUCCUCUAGACUGCGUCCUGGCAGCACGCGGCAUCGCCGUCGUCCUGGCGAAUUGCAUCUGACUGGUUCAUUGUAGCCCGUCCUUUGUCGAGACUGCGCACCACACCACCCCAUCACGAGCGCCGCGCCGGAAGAUCCUGCCUCGAGCGACGAGCGUCGACGACAGUGGCGAUACAGUCAUGCGACGCCAACCUGACCUCCAUCCCGUCACCUAACCUGUACGCACUCUCCACCAGAAGAGAUAGCAUGACAGACACCUCUUUCCCUGUUAAGCCUAUCGACGGUUACGAUCUCUCCCGCGCGCCUCUCUUCCACCCGGCGUCUCAUCAACAGCGAUAUCACGCUCCUGCAGUCAAUGGCGAUCCGGGAGAUGAUGGCCAGAUAAGCUGCAUCUGCGAUUUUGCGGACGAUGACGGCUAUACAGUGCAAUGCGACAAAUGUCAUAGAUGGCAGCACCAAUCGUGCUACUAUCCAGAGUAUGACGAGCAACAGUUACCGGAAGCGCUCGAGCACUGCUGCGUGGACUGCGUGCCGAAAAAUGUCGACGUUCAGGCCGCGCGACGUCGCCAGAUGACGAAACGUGGGCACACGGAACCACACACAAAUGGCGUCAAGCGAGCGGCCUCAAAGAGUCACAAGAAAAAGGCCAAAGAGCAUGGUCCGCCGCCGCCGCCCUACACAAACGGCUGGCCCACUGACAAAUUGCGGCACGAUCGCAACAGCGCCAGUCCACGCGAUCAACCUCCGCCUGCAAAGCGACCCAAGACCAGUCAUCGCGCCUCAGACUCGACUACAAGUACGUCGGUCAAAGCGCACUCUCGGAAACGCAACGUGUCGUCCGUCCACAGUCACCAUCGUAGGACGCCGUCACAGUCACCUGAGUCACCACCACCCAUCGAGAGGUAUUCGGAGAACUUCAUGCGACUCUAUGCGGAUGACCACUGGUCCGUGGCGGAGAACAAUCUACACGACUCGAUUGCAGUGACCAACUCUCUCUCACAAUGGGUAGAGAUGCCUGACGACGAGUUCGGAGAUGUACAUGGGCAUCCGAAAGGCACUGUCCUCAAUCGAUACGACAGCAGCUUGGAAGAUAUGCCCGGGAAGGCGGUUUACAAAAUCGCUGAACGGCGAGACGACGACGUGCAAGGCCACGCUGCUGCCCUAUGGAAGGCGGUCAUUGUGGAAGAGCCAAUGGUCCAUGGCUGUUACAUUGGUGAACUCAAGGGUCGCCUUUGUUUCAAGCAAGACUAUCAAGCAGAUCCCGCCAAUCGAUGGCGUGAACUGCGGCACCCGGAGCCAUUCGUAUUCUUCCACCCCCAGUUACCGAUUGCGCUCGAUGCCCGCAACGAAGGCACCGACCUGCGAUUUAUCAGACGCAGUUGCGACCCCAAUGCGCGUUUACAGAUUCUUAUCACGGACGAGAAGGACUAUCACUUUUGCUUUUUGUCGACCCGCGCCAUCGAUCCGGGAGAGGAAAUUGCCAUUGCGUGGGAGACGAAGGAGGCCAUGCCGCUUCCGACGAAGAAUUCUCUCUCUCAGAUUGAGCUGGAGCAAUUUUCGACCUGGGCUUCCACUGCUCUCGCCAAUUGUGGGCCUUGCGCUUGUGGUCUGCCCACGAGAGAUCCUGACCAAACUCCAAACUCCUGCUCCUUCGCUCGUUUCGACAGGCGCCUGAGUCCGAAGGGCGCUAGACCCAAAAAACGAAAGAACUGCCAGAAUGGACAAGACCCUUCGCCGCCCAAUACGAACGUCGUCAACAGUCGCUCAGGAAGCGAAGCCCGGAGGCAUGAAUUGGAAGACGACGUCACCGACUCGCAAUCGGCGUCUGGAUCUGUCGGAAGAGGGUCCGCUAGCCGCGACAUCACUCCCAACACUCACUACUCGGCCAGUGGUAACGGCAUGCCGGAGAUGUCGGAGCGGGAGAAGAAGAAAUUGGCGAAGGAGGAAGAGAUGUUUCGACGACAAGAGGAAGAACACACCGGAAAGCAAGCGAAGAAGAAGCGCGGUAGCGUCAGCUCCAGUUUGAACACACCCAGUGCCACGUCGUCGAAGCAACUGGGAUUCCCUACCAACGCAUUGUCCAAGUACGCCGAUGCCAACAUGGCGCGACCAGCAGGACAGUCUUCUGGUAAAGCAGCGACGCAGAGUCGUAAGCCAAGAACCCUGAAAUCUUUGAUGAAGCCACCCAGCAAAGUCAUGCAGCAGCAGCGGCGGCAGCAGCAGCCACGACCUGUCUGCGUUGAAGCUGGCACGCAGUGUGACAUGGAUAUUGAAGAGGCUAUGCGUCGCGCGCCAGCAUCCUCUGCUCGAAAGCAAUACAAAUCGCUACGACAGAUAUUGCUGGAUCGAUGUGCCAGCAACAAUCACGCUAUACUCGCUUCUGCACCAUCUAGUCCCAGAUCAUUACAGCACUCGAGUCCCGCUCCUGCCGAUGCAAUGGACGUCGACAAUCCCAGCGCAAAGAGUUCGCCUUUACAGGCGCACGCCGAGAGGGAACUUACCGAGCGGCCGCGAUCGUCUAGUUCUUUGGCAAGCUCUGCGAAUGCUCAUGCAGGCGACACCGAAAUGGCAGAUACAGGUACCGAUGAACGCGACAGCACGGAGCAAGCACCAGUUCCUGGGGUUCAGCAGGUGGCAACUUCCCCGUCCGAGGAUCACGGAGACAGCAGUGGCAAGUUGAACUCAGCAGUGUCCUCCUCGACCUCACCUUGUUGCGCCAAGGUAACCGAUGGAGCUGCAAUUCCCGAGCAGUCGGCGGCGAAACCAGCUGCCAUGCGCCUUGAUAUGCCACCGCCUGGUCUCCAUUCCACGGCGUCGUCUACCUCUACGUUCUCUGCGGGUACGCCGACGACGAUGUCGGGCUCCAUGGCGCAGUCCCCUGUGGGCAUGACUCCCGGCUCCAUGUUCCCCCCCAGCGUGGUGGCAGCGAUGGGGUCCACUUCAAUGAAGAAGAAGCUCAGCUUGAGCGAUUACACUCGUCGCAAAGCCAAGAAGGAAGACUCGGAUGCCGGCCAUGGCGAGAGCAGUCCCUCUUCGGUGGCGUCUGGUCCCGUGGUACCUCCACUACAGCCCAGUUCGUCGACGGAAGCACACGCGGCGCAGGGCAAUGCGAUUGAAGAAGAUGUCAAGAUGGAAGAAGCAGAGCACGCGCCCCCGCCACCGCCCAUGACGGCAGCGUAGCGACGAGGAACAGUUUGCAAGUGGUCGGUUUGAUCUGUCUUCAGUUCAGCGAGGCGUACGGGGGGGGUGGGGUCUUCUACACUUUUUACGAUUCGAGGAAUAACGAUGCAGGAACAGCCCAAGCGGGCGUGCACACGCAUGCUAGAUGAUUUGGGGCGAUGGCCAGGCAUGCGCCUUGAGGGGGCCCUUUACGAAAAGACGGAAUCAUGAUGAUCGCCCGCCUGAUAUUUGCAAAGGGCGAGACGCGGAACUCUUCUGUACUCUGUAUACCGGCCUGACCCAUUGCGAGGCGGCUGUUUUCUUUGAGUGAGUAGCAUAGUGACAGAGAUGCGUACUGAAUCGAAACGAGUCCCAUGUAUGUACG